AGUAGAUAUUGGCUGGGUAUAGGUUUCCAUGGUAAAUUAAAAGCAUAAUGUCGUAUUCAAAAUAUCAAAAUAUAUGUUUCAAGAUUUGAAGUUAUUUAGCAUAACUUUAAGCGAAAUAAAGACGGUAUUAAAAUAAGAGUGUAUGGAAAAAAUGACAAACACUGAGACUGCACGAAAAUCUAAACGACCCGCUGACCCGGAAGAUGAUUGCCGAAGUAGAUACUAACGUAUUACUUCGUUUUUGGCGAACGAGGGAGAGAAUGAGAGAACACCGAGUGGGAUGAUUGAGCCGAACCCGAAAGAGAAAUAGAGCGCGGGAACGAGAGCUUGAAGGGUAGGUGUUAGUGUUCGGAGGGCAGAAUCGAGAGAGGAAUGUUACGAAGGGGGGGUAUAUGACUUCGUUGCAAGCCGAGCCUAAUCAUUCUGUUGGUUAUUCUUGAUACUACCGGACGUGUUCGCGAUGGCAUCCAAAAGAAAAUCGGACAGGCUAAUGUCCACGGAGCGGUACGACAAUGGUGCAGCCGGUAGUGGACCAGACGAUCCGGCACGAAAAUCGAAAAAGAAAAGUACGAAGUUGGAGUCAGCCCUUAAGGAACUAGCAGCAGCUAAAGCAAGCAACGCGUUAUUAAAUGAGGAGUGGAACAAGGCACAGGAAACUAUCAGAUCGCUUCAGACUACACUGAAUGCACCCCGAAGCAAAUCAAGCGAUGUGAACAGUGAAGAAUUCAACGGCGACGUCGGACCAUCAAGCACUCGCCGCCUUGCACAGCAGCGGGAGACUAGUACAGAGCUUUCACGCUUCAUGUCAUCGGUCAAUCAGAUGUCAGUUUCAUCUGUAACCGUACCGGAGUGCAAAUCAUCGGUUGGAGGUGAUGAAAUCGGACGGCCGGAUUUUGAAGCUUGGAAAGACUUGUUGGUGGAUUCUAUGAAACUGGCGGGCAUAACGGAUGAGGCCACACAGUUCAUAAUCUUCAAGGUGAAGGCUGGACAGAAACUGUUGGAGAUUUUCAAGACCACCAAAUCGACCAGCGAAGCCCCCGAUCAAGACGAACACCCAUUCCAGAAUGCUAUGUUCCGUUUGAAAGCAUACUUCUCCUCAGGAUCCGACGUCAUGCUUCAAAGAAGGAAGUUGGCUUUGAUGGAGCAGGGAACGGAGGAAAACAAUUUGUCGUUUGUCCUGCGCGUGGGCGCAACGGCCAGACUAUGCGAGUUCGGUGCAGAUAAGGAGUUUGAGGAAGUCGUAGGUACCGUAGCAGAGCACGCGCAGAGUAGAGAGAUCCGCACGGCUGCGCUCAAACUGCUCAGUCGAAAGGGCACGUUUGCCGACCUCGUCGAUGAGGUUCGCGAAAUCGAAGCGAUUCGCUUAAAUGAAGAGUAUUUCACCAAGAAGCACGGCGGUCAGAGUCAGGCCACGAUAGCACGGAUUGCGGAGGGAGAUCAGCGGUACAGUGGACGACCGACAGGCCCGAGCCGAGGUAGACCUGCCACGCAGCUAGCACACCGAGGUGGAAUAUCGCAGGCUCGGAACCAGCCUUAUUGGAGAGGAACAAAUGGUUCGAUCCCGGAGCGUUGUUUCAGAUGCCAUAGCCUGUUCCAUAAAUCGGCGAACUGCUUUGCUGCGGACAAAGUAUGUCGAAACUGUGGUGUAAAAGGACACCUACAACGAGCGUGCCGAACGUUUGUACGCGAGAGAUCGGUGCAGCAGGCUACAACAGGAGGACGAGACCGAUUGCCAUCGGAGAUUGCCGCCGUGACAACGAAGGACGAAACCAAGUCAGAAGAGCAGACGAUCCAGAACUCUGUACCAACAUCCCAAGAGCAGAGCCACAGUGUUUCUCAAAUUGCGCAGGUAACGAAUACCCUAGAUGAUGGAAUAAUAAGGGUUCUAGUAUCAGGAUUUCCUUGCGACUUCUUGAUCGACUCGGGGGCGCAGGUUAACACUCUUACUGAGUACCUGUUCAAAAUGAUGCUCGGGGACGGAAACUGCAAGAAGGGUUUAUACAACAUUCAAUACGGAGCCGACCAAACUCUCAAGGCUUAUGCGAUGCCUGGGAACAUUCCGGUGAUAGGAACGUUCGAAGCCUUCAUGUUCGUAUCAGAAGAUCGGCCGGUGCACUUGGAAAAGUUUUUUAUCGUUCAGGAAAAGCAAUCACUACUGGGUAGACCAACGGCGACGCGAUACUGUGUGCUGUUGCUGGGUCUGCAGGUGCCCGUGACUCCGGACUUUUCGCGAUAUUCUCAGCUCCAAAGCUUUGACAUAGCUGCGAUAAGUUCCGAGAAAGCGUUUCCGAAAUUCAACAUCCCACCCGUUGUCAUACAGUACGAUAGGACCAAACCCCCUUGUCGGAACAUAUUUUUCAAUAUCCCGAUCACCGUAAAACCCCGCGUUGAAGAAAGAUUGCAGCAAUUGGUUGCUGCCGACAUUAUCGAAAGGGUAACGGACGAAAUGGACCCUUCCUUUUGUUCGUCCAUGCUGGUUGUCCCAAAAGGAAAGGAGGAUUUCCGGUUGGUAAUAGAUCUGCGGGGGCCAAAUCAGUACAUCCUUCGUACCCCCUUUGCGAUGCCAACACUUGAAAAAAUUUUGGCAGAUUUAAAAGGGGCCAAAUGGUUCUCAACCAUUGAUCUAAGUCACGCCUUUUUCCAUGUCGAACUGCACGAGGACAGUCGCCAUCUGACAAAUUUCAUGACAGAGUUCGGGAUGUUCCGUUGUGUCAGAUUGCCAUUCGGACUCUGCAACGCCCCAGAUAUCUUCCAGGAAGUUCUUCAGCGGAAAAUCUUAGGUGGCUGCUUGGGUGUUAAGAACUAUCUGGAUGAUGUCUUGAUAUUUGGGGCAACCAAGGAAGAACACGACGCCAACCUGGCGGCAGUAAUGGAGCGAUUCAAAGAGCACGGAGUGGAAAUCAAUGAAUCGAAGUGUGUCUUUCGCAGCCAAAAUCUUCCGUUUUUGGGCUUUGUAUUAACUCCGGACGGUUGGCAAAUCGAAGAGGAGAAAAUGAGUGCUAUCAGAGACUUCCGUCGACCAGCGAAUUGCUCAGAGGUAAAAAGCUUCUUGGGCCUUAUCACCUUCGUUGAUCGAUUCUUGGUACACCGUGCGACGGAAACAGCUCAUUUGCGGACGUUGGCGGGUGCCGAGAAGUUUUAUUGGACAGAGAACGAGGAAACGGAAUUUGUCAGGCUGCAGCAGGAGGCCCUAAACAGGAUCAAGACACUAGGGUACUUCAGUGCUACCGAUAGGACGGAAUUGUAUGUAGACGCCUCCCCAGUUGGUCUGGGAUCCGUCCUUGUCCAGUUUGACAGCGCAAAUGUCCCUAGAAUCAUCGCAUGCGCUUCGAAGAGCCUCACACUAACCGAGCAAAAAUAUCCCCAAACGCACAGGGAGGCCCUAGCGGUGGUUUGGGGUGUGGAACGUUUUUCGUUCUACCUCACGGGGCGAAAAUUCAUAGUGAGGACGGAUGCGACUGCUAACGAGUUCAUCUACAACUGCCAACACAGGAUAGGUAAGCGAGCGAUCUCGAGAGCCGAAGCAUGGUCACUCAGACUACAACCGUACGAUUUCACAAUCGAAAGGAUAGCUAGUGAAGAUAACGUCGCUGAUGCCUUGUCCCGGUUGAUUGAGUAUUCACAAAAUGCCGAACCAUUUGAUGAGGAACACGAGAAUCAUCUCUUGUAUGCCUUGGACGGAGGUAUGAACAUCACGUUGGACGAAAUUGAAAAACAUUCGGAGACGGACGAGGAGUUGCAGAACUUGUGCUUGGCUUUGAGAUUCGACGAAUGGCCACAAAGCUUGCGGCGCUAUGAGUGUCAAAAGAGGGACUUGAGUCACCUCGGCUCCUUGAUCUUCAAAGAUAACGCCAUAAUACUUCCUAAAUCAUUACGCGAAAAAGCCCUGAGUUCGGCGCACGGCGGUCACGUGGGGGAAGUCGCCAUGAAGAGGAUUAUGCGGGAAUUCUUCUGGUGGCCGGGCAUGGCAAAGGACACUGAAAGCUUUGUCAAACAAUGUGAAACCUGUGCGUUGCUGGCCAGGAAGAAUCCUCCAAUCCCGCUUUCGUCCCGUGAACUACCGGAGGGUCCGUGGGAGAUCCUCCAAAUAGAUUUCCUGACAGCAACGGGAUUCGGGUCGGAAAAAUUCCUGGUUGUCGUGGACACUUAUUCACGAUAUCUGUACGUCAUCGAAAUGCAUCAGCUCAACGCGGACAGUACCAACGCGGCCCUUUGCGAGGUUUUUAAAACAUGGGGAUGCCCAAAGAUCCUACAAAGCGACAAUGGGCCGCCAUUCCAAGGUUCAAGCUUCUGCAGUUUCUGGGAGGAGAAGGGCGUCAAAGUAAGGAAAUCAAUCCCCUUGAGUCCGCAAUCCAACGGUGUAGUUGAACGGCAGAAUCAAGGGAUUCUGAAAGCACUGGCAGCCUCUCGAAUCGACGGGACAAAUUGGCGGAAUGCUCUACAACAGUUCGUACAUCACCACAACACUCUAGUGCCCCAUGCUAGACUGAAAGCCACACCAUUCGAACUAAUGGUGGGAUGGAAGUUCCGGGGUAACUUCCCAAGCCUUUGGAAAGAGGCGGACGGAAAGGAGUUGGAUCGCAUUGACCUCAGAGAAAGAGAUUCCGAAGCAAAGCUGGGCAGCAAAAAACAUGCGGACAAGGUCAGAGGAGCGAAAGAGUCACGCAUCACCAUUGGAGAUGUAGUCCUUCUUCAUCAACAGCGUAAAUCAAAAACGGAUCCAUCAUUCGCUCCGGAACGGUACACAGUAGUCACCAUGCAAGGUCCGAAAGUGGUGGUGAUGAGCGGAAACGGCAUUCAGUACACCCGAAACGUGCAGGACAUAAAACUGGCCCCCGCUGUAGGAGACAUUGAAGUUCCACCAAAUGCUCUUCAGGAUCAUCCGGGACCAAGCUCUUCUUCAGCACUAACUCAUUCUCAGAACGAUACGGUGGAGAAUACAGAAGAGGUAAGUUUGCAGCAAUCUAAUCGAAAUCUUCGCUCUAGAAGGGAACUGAAGAAACCGUCGAGAUACGACAACAAUUUCAUUUACCGCAUUUACCAAUAAACGAUCUAUCCUGAGUCGAGGUUGAAUUUCUGAAAUAAGUAAAGGAUUAAUAAACACUAUUUUAAAGGACAAUUUCUCACUUGUUUAUUAUCGAGUCGGAGACUAUUAUAUAUAUACCUUUUAGCUUAUUUACCUGGGAAUCCUCACA